ACCGUGAGUCGGAGCGCAGGUGAAGAAGCCCCGACGCUGAUCCAAUUAUCGCAGCGGUCGUGACGAGGAGGAGGAGGGUCCCAAGGGCGGCAGUCAACGAGAGAGCACUCGGGGAAGACGGCACAGCCGAGCGAACGGCGGGGUGGUGGGGGAAGAUGGGUAGAACGGCAGCAAAGGCGUCCAUGUGACGGCGAGCAGGUGACGUGAACGCGCGAGAGAAGCCUGCACGAGAGAGAGAGAGAGAGCUCAAAGAUGCAGAACCAGAUCCAGCCCAGGUACUGAAGAAACGGACACGGUUCGAUUCCAGUUCAAGACUCGGUGCUGGAGGGGGAAGUAACCAGUUGAAGAGCGGGUGCUGGAAAGACGGACCAGGUGCCGGACCAUUUGGGAGAUAAAGCGACCAGGGGCGGUCCCGUCAUGCGCACCGCAAACUCCUUACCACAUCCUGCAGGAUUGCUUGGCGGGACAGAGGGGCUUGUGACCGGCAAGCUGUUUCUGCUGUUGUGCACGUUCCUGCUGGAGGCGAUGUACGUGGCGGGGCUGCUGGUGUUCCGCGUCACCAGGCUGCACGGCAAGCACUCGGAGGCGUGGCUGUCUCUGCUCGUGUGGUCCGGCAUCUGCUGCGUUUACUGCGGCGCGUGCGGCAUCACCGCGCUGGUGGCCGCGCUCGACGCCCCGCUGCCCCCACCCCCGCUCUCCCGGCUACAGCCGCCACCGCCGGCACCACCACUACCGCCACCGUCGUCGCCGCUGCCGCAUCCACCGCCAGUGCCGCUGGCCGCCCUCGGAAUGCAACCCGGCCUCCCGGAGCCCAUGCCGCAGCAGGGCCUCCCUGAGCUCGCACCGCACCGGAGCCUCCCGGAAUCCGCGGCACACCCCGGCCACCCGGGUCCCACGCUGGCUCUCGCCCUGCACGUGCUACCCGUGCUGACCAAGACGUUGGCGGCACUGGCCGGGUGCCGCAUGUGCGCCGAGUUCUGGUUCGUGCGAACUAAGCUGAGGCUGCCGACGAGGCGAAACAGGGUGCGCUACCCCGGCGAGGACCCCUUUGUCAUCGACGCCGCCACCUACACAGCCGGAAUCGCGGGCAGCUGCGGCUACUCGGCGCUGGCCUUCACGGCGUACACGGCCGGCGGGCUGGUGAUGGCCGGACGCGGCGCCGGCGACACCGUGUACCUGUGCACCCUCACGCUGCUGCUGCUGUGCCGAGCCAUCCUCCUCGUCCAGAUAUUCAUGCAGGCGGCGAGGAUACACCACGUGAGGAAAAAACGAGGACUCGACGUCCCCAAGGUGAAGCUCGUAGGGGACUCUGUGCCAUAGCGGCGGCCUCUCCGCUGGGGCCGGCUGCCUUGCGGGAGGCGGUGCGGGUGCGGCACCAUCAGCCGGGGCGUAGCGGCGCUCCGCUUGUGUGUCUGCGGCGCGUUGCGGCGGCAACAGCUCGCCGGAAACGAACUUUGUGUUGCACUCGAAUUCUUGAGUUUUUGUAAAUAUAUAUUUUUUCAAUCUCAGAUCUAAUGCGUGUUCAAAGACAGUAAGAUGCUGUGGACAGAUUCUGCACUGACUUAAAAUGGCUCGUUUGUUUGGAUUUCUUAAAAUAUAUAUAUGAAUGAGCGUGAUGGUUGCACUGCCAGGCGGCUUAGAUGUGAAGUUGAUGUUGAAUUGAUCGACCUUCAGUGAGCGAUGGCCGCACACCAGCCAUCCAUAAGGUAACCAAUGGUGGAGGGGUUCAACACAAUGAUUCUGAGUUACAAAUGAGAUUUUUAGGUGCAAUGUUGCCGUGAUGAGCGGUAAAGACAUGACGUCGCAAAAGGAGGCAUGGAGAUGACACCGGGAGCUGAACAUACGGUACCUCCGUCUAGGGUUGCCAUCUCCAGGGCUUCAAAAGAACAAUACAUAUCACGGCAAGAAGAAUAUUUCACAGUAUCGGCAGCGAGGUGAUCGACAUGUAAGUGUGAGUUGUGUAUUUUCUAUGCAAUUUACAAAACUGGAUUUCUCAGGACGGGUAGUUCACAACGAGGACGAUACUGGGACAACCGGCACAGGUGGCAAGAGCCUCCUUCCAUCCCCUUUGACUGAAAUGGUGAAAGGUUCCAGACCUGGGCGUCUGCCUAAGCGAAAACUGGUUUUAAAUGUAUAUGGCGUCAUGAACGCCGUGUCUUAAUCUACAAAACCGAUAUCGGCCAGUAACGACCUGAAACAGGAGCACCAAAAGUUCGUGUUAUUCUGAGUUUCCAAAAUAGUUCACCUCGACAAAACCGGAGUAAGAGUUAGAAAAUGCAAUGGCCAGCUGUGGGGGAUGAGGGUGAACCAGUGGACACUUCACUCCGCAUUCGCUCCAGUGGUUUUUGUUGUGAAACUUUCCCGAUGAAAGGCAUUUAAGUAUUCAACAAUUAGUGGAUGCAGAAUAUAAACACAUCCAGGGCUUGCUUAAGAUAUCUUUGCCCACAGGACACCAGCGAAGAAACCCCCCCCCCCCCGGCCCCCUCCCUUACACAAAUCCCUAACCCUUGCUGCUGGAACACACUCCAAUGCAAUAUGUGGCAGAUGGGAAAAAAUUGAGGAUUCAAUUAAAAUAGCCUAAUCAAGGUAGCAUUACGGUAGUAUUGUUUGUAUUGUUCAUCUUAAAAUUAUAAUAUUAAUAAAGAGUCUGACUUUUUUUAUUAUUAUAAUAAAUAAAAUGUUUUAUUUCUCUUUUUGGGCCUCUGGUAAUUUGUGCCCUCUACGAAUGUAUCCCCCCCCCCCCCCCCCCACUAAAUCCGGGCUCACUGCCAUGUAUGGAAAGCUGUGUGCACUGCUAACCCGGUCGGACAUAUGAAUCGCCAAUUUGUAUGCGGAGGUCAGUGUAAUGGGCAUUCUGCUAAUUGGGAUGUGUGGGGCGGUGUGCUCCCCCUGCCCUGUGCACAUUGUUUCCCCCUAUACUGGUGUGUAAAAUGACAUUAAAAAAUAACGUUCUCAAACGUUGAUUUUGCAGUUCAGAGUUUUUUUCAGACAUGGUAUGCUUUUUGGAGAGAUGUAGAGUGCAAAACACUGCAUAGCGGUGCUAUUGCGGUCAAUAUAAGUGCUUUGAAUAGCACUAAUUUACGAAGUAUUUUAAUACUCAACGCAGAGUCACCCAAUUAUAUUUUUUACUUCUCUGUCUUUGUGAGUGAACCCAGCCCCAGGUGAAAAGCUGCCUUGACAAUUAACAUGGUUACACCCCACUCGCCAAACCCUGGUCUGACAAUUAUUCUCAUGCGAUUCGGGUUCUCAUUCUCAUGCGAUUCGACUUCUAAAAUACUCUUUGAUUUUUUUCGGUAAAGUCACGUAGGUAAAAAUUUUAAUGAAAAAACAACUAAAUUAAAUUGCGAAGUUUCAGAGGCAACACAAGCUUCCGUCUUCAGGUGGAACCGUCACAGCAAAAUUACUGUAUCAAUUUAGUUGUUUUUUCAUUAAAUGUUUUACCUACAUGACUUUACCGAAAAAACCAAAGAGUAUGAAUCCUUGCAGUCACAAAAACUUCAAAUCUAGGCUUCUAAAAUGCUUUUCAACGUGCUUCUGUCAUUUAAAGUAUGAAUGAAAGUAUAAUGAUGAAUUUUGUACUACCUGCUCUGACAUGGAUCAGAAACGUUGACAUUAAUGAAAUGUAAAAGUGUGCAAAUAUUGGAAAGUCGAGAGAGAGAGAGUGCAAGAUGUGUGGAGAGGGGUAUGCACACUCUUUGGUUCUUUCGGUAAAGUCACCUAGGUAUAGCAGCAGGCCAUGCUUUCCCACCUGAUGACGGACGCUUGUGUUGCGCCCGAAACGUCGUGAUUUAUUUUAUUUUUAUACCUACGUGACUUUACCGAAAGAUCCAAAGAGUAUAGAUUCCUGCAGUCACGAAAGCUUCAAAUCAAGAUCGAGAGGGGUAUGGUUGGAAUUACAUGGCGAAACAGAAAGAGGAACCCAUGGAUUCGAAGACAUACCCAGAUUAAAGACAUUCUUUUGAUUUG